AUGGCUCUUCCUGAAACUGGUACUAUGCGCGGGCUUUGGCUUGAAGAAUUCAAUAAACCAUACAUCUACCACACAGACUUGCCCAUUCCCCAACCGGGGCCAGGGGUGCUAGUUUUGAGGGUAAUGGCUGCAGGGUUUUGUCACACCAAAACUGUAGCUAUGGUGGGAGAUUACAAAGGUGUUACAUUGCCUGUUGUACCUGGCCAUGAGAAUGUGGGCAUAGUUGCGGCAGUUGGAGAAGGUGUCACAGAGUUCAAAAUUGGAGAUUGGGUUGGCACAACUACGUUCUGUUUCUCUUGCAGUGCAUGUAACUGUGACAAUUGUCAUAAGGGGAUCAGUAACUAUUGCAACUCUGUCCAGGCAGCUGGGUUUACCAUGGACGGCGGAAUGGCCAAGUAUAUGUGCUGCAAUCUGGUCUGGACAGUGAAACUUCCCCAUGAAUUGUCAUUCAAAAAAGCAGUGCCACUCAUGUGCGCGGGUUCUACCAUCUACAAUUUGAUAUAUCAAGCAAAACAGCCCAAGGGCUUGGUGAUUGCCAUUGUGGGUAUUGGGGGGCUUGGGCAGCUAGGGGUUCAGUAUGCAAAAGCAUUGGGGUACAAGGCUGUGGCAAUUGACACCUGGCAGUCCAUCUUAGAUUACAUGAACACGCUUCCAAAUGGGCUUGCUCCAGACCUUGCAAUCAACCCACAAGAGGGGGCAGAAGCUGCGCUGGAGAAGAUCUCAACACGGUUUGAAGGAGCAAAGGGCGUUUCAGCAGCCAUUGUGGCCACGGAUCCUCUCCCUGCUUAUGAUUUUGCCACAAAGAUACUUGCCAAACACGGAGUGAUGGUUGUAGUGGGAUUACCCAAGGAACCAAUACCUUUCUGCUACUCUGACAUCAUAUUUAGGGACAUCAGCAUUACUUCUGGUACUCCUUUCCCAAAACCUUUGUUGCAAGAAAUGGUCCAAUUAACUGUUGAGGCCAAUAUUGUUGUAGACACAGUUGAUACCAGGGAAUUUAUUCCUAUUUUCUCGAAUUUAAACGAAGACUAA